AAGGAGAAAUUGACAAACCCAAGCAGACCUACUGUAACACAGAGCCGGGGAUCUCUCCUCACGUCUGAACCCCAGUGAUGCCCGGGGUUUUCCUUUUAUACUGGAUAUAUCCAGUGCUGCUGCGCUGCGCGGACCUUUCCAGGAGCUGUGCGUCCUGCAGUCAGCUGGAUCGGCAGGUUUGAGAGGCUUCAUGUGAGAAGAGUGAACUCCAGUAGACACCGUGUUACUGUGGAUGGACAGCGCAGAAGUGCAUUUAUCUCUGGAUUUAUACUCACCGCGUUCAUCAAGGAUUAUCUGCCUCACUAAUCCGGCUCCUGGUCGGAUGACAUUUUAAAAAAAGGAGAAUGUAUGGAAUAAACCAGCGCUGUAUUUACAUAUCGUUUCAUUUUUUCGUGCUGUGGUGUCAUGCUCAGGGGGAGAAUCACCCGUCUCCUAAUUUUAAGCAGUAUGUGAGGACGCAGGGCGCAGUGACGGACCAGCUGAGCCGCAGACAGAUCCGAGUCUAUCAGCUCUACAGUCGCACCAGCGGGAAACACGUCCAGAUUCAGGGCAAACGGGUCACCGCCACAGCUGAGGAUGGAAACAUGUACGCUCGCCUGUUUGUUGAGACAGACACCUUUGGCAGUCGAGUGAGGAUAAGAGGAGCAGAAAGCAGGCGUUACCUCUGCAUGAACCGGAAGGGGAAACUCGUUGGAAAGCCCAAUGGCCGGAGCAGGGAUUGCAUCUUCACAGAAAUAGUGCUGGAGAACAAUUACACAGCGUUCCAGAAUGCCAAGUAUGAGGGCUGGUAUGUGGCUUUCACCAGGAAAGGGAGGCCUAUCAAAGCCUCCAGGACGAGGGAGAACCAGAGAGAGGUCCAUUUCAUUAAGAGGCUCCACACAGGUCCACCUCCCUUCCCCAACACAGACCAAAGCAAACACUUUGAGUUUAUCCGAUUUCCAUCCCCACGCCGAGCAAAAAGGAACAGGAAAUCACAUACUUCUUCCUAACAUGCAGCCAAAGAAAUGAACUGAUGCCAGCUGUGGCACAGGAAGAAACAGAUGCUAUUUUAUUUUUGUAUAUUUUGAUAGAUAAGCAAAGGUUAAAAUGCCAUAAAUCUAAAGUAAUAUUGCUGUAAAAUGGUCAUGUGUAAAUACUGAAAAAGAGUAAAGCAGAUGGAUUAUUUAAUUGUCCUGUGUGUAUGUGUUGACUGGUUGGGAACUGAGAAGAGACACAGACACAACUUUACUUUUAAAUGUAGUACACAUAGGUCUAAUAUGUUUUCAAGAAAAAAAAGUGUUCCAAGGAUUUAAUAAUCUGCAUGAACAACAAGCCAUGCCGUUUUCAGCUCACUACACAGGUUUCCAAAUAAUAUAGCCCACAUUUUUAAUGCAGGGAUAAACAAAAUAAAAUGUCUACUACAGAUGUUUAAAUUAUCAACUUUAAAAACAAAAUAUAUUGAUGUAUAUCUGA